CUAAAGGUGCUCUAUAAUUGCUUGCACUGACUUGUCGGUCAGUCUGCCCAGUUGAGCAACACCAUAUUAUGAGGAUUUUUUACUUUAUCCUUCCUCUCUUGUUUUUGUUGCAGAGCCCAAUAGAAGCUGCCCGCAAGUCUUAUGUGGUCUACUUAGGAGGCCAUUCCCAUGGAUCUCAACUCUCGUCCACACUGGAUCAUGCCACUGCAGUUGCUAAUUCACACUAUGAGCUUCUUGGUUCUUGCAUGACAAUAAAGGAGAAGGCAAGAGAGGCUAUAUUCUAUUCGUAUACUAACUCUAUCAAUGGUUUUGCUGCGGUUCUUGACGACGAAGAAGUCGAAAAGAUUUCGAAGCAUCCGGAGGUCGUAUCGAUUUUUCCGAGUGAAGUAAAAUAUGAGCUAGAUACAACAAGAUCAUGGGAGUUUCUUGGAUUAGAAAGAAAUGGAGAAGUUCUUGCUCAUUCUCUCUGGCCAAAAGCAAGAUUUGGAGAAGAUGCCAUUGUAGCAAAUCUUGACAGUGGUGUGUGGCCGGAAUCGGAAAGCUUCAAUGAUGAAGGUAUGGGACCUAUACCAUCAAAUUGGAAAGGUCAAUGUGAUACAAAAAAUGGUUUCAAAUGCAACAAGAAGCUAAUAGGGGCAAGAUACUUCAGCAAGGGCUUUGAAGCUUCCGGCAUUGCUCUCAAUUCCUCGGAAAUCGAUGCUCGAGAUAGAGAUGGUCAUGGCACGCACACGCUUUCCACAGCUGGCGGUCGGUUUGUUCCAGGUGCUAACCUGCUUGGUUCAGCCAAUGGAACUGCAAAAGGAGGUGCUCCUAAUGCUCGAGUUGCUUCGUACAAAGUUUGCUGGAGAGGCUGCGAUUCUGCUGAUAUUUUAGCUGGAUUUGAUGCUGCUAUUCAUGAUGGUGUUGAUAUUAUAAACCUUUCCCUUAGUAGUCGCCCCUCCCCUUACGCGGAGGAUGCUAUAUCGGUUGGAUCUUUUCAUGCGGUUAGUAAUGGGAUUCUUGUGGUUGCAUCGGCUGGGAAUCAAGGAGAGGGCGAAGGAGGAAGGGUGCGAAAUGUAGCACCUUGGAUGCUCACAGUUGGAGCUGGUACUAUUGAUCGCAAUUUUACUUCUGAUACCACACUUGGAAAUAAAAAGAAAAUCAAGGGAAGCCUCAGUUUCCAUACCAAUACUUUACCUGCUAAGAAGUAUUAUCCGCUGGUUUACGCUUUGGAUGCCAAGGCUGCCAAUGCUUCCUCCGAUGAAGCGCAGUCAUGCGCUCAUGGAUCCCUCGAACCAAGCAAGGUUAAAGGAAAAAUUGUUUAUUGUGCAAGCAAUUUUGUUUCGGACAUUGAUAAGAGCUUUGUUGUGUCUCAAGCUGGUGGCAUUGGAGUGAUAAUUGCUAGAUCUGAAUUUGCCGAUGAUUUUGAACCUCACUUCGUUCCUACUUCAGUUGUUUUUGAAGACGAUGGUCAACGGAUUUUGUCUUACAUAAACAGUACUAAGUCCCCGGUAGCUUAUAUAAGUGGUGGAACAGUGUAUGGAAAAGACGCUGCACCUGCACCUGUCGUGGCUGCAUUUUCAUCUACUGGACCUAGUCGGAUUACUCGAGAAAUCCUUAAGCCUGAUAUUUUAGCACCUGGAGUCAACAUUUUAGCUGCAUUUGUACAAAACAAAGGGCCGGUUACUGCAAACAAUUACGAAGACCAUAGACAUGUUCCGUUCACUAUUCUUUUUGGAACUUCAAUGGCAGCUCCUCAUGUUGCUGGCAUUGCCGGUCUUCUUAAAACAUUGCAUCCUGAUUGGAGUCCUUCUGCAAUUAAAUCUGCAAUCAUGACAACAGCAAGAACUAGAGAUAAUGUCAGAAAGCCUAUUUUCGCCGAGGAAAAUUUCAAGGCAGGCCCUUUUUCAUACGGUUCUGGCCAUAUCAUGCCAAACCGAGCAAUGGAUCCAGGCUUGGUUUAUGAUCUAAGUACUAAAGAUUACUUGAAUUUUCUAUGCUCCCUUGGUAACAACAAAACGGAAAUGUCAGUUUUCGACAAGUCGUAUAAGUGCCCAUCAACCAACAUCAGUCUGCUGGACUUCAACUACCCAACAAUCACUCUCCCUGAUCUCUUGGAUAAUGUAACAGUGACUAGAACCUUAAAGAAUGUAGGAACUCCAGGGGUAUAUAAAGUCCGUAUUCAAAUGCCUAAGGGAUUGUCAAUCAAGGUCGACCCGACAAGUUUGAAGUUCACUAAGAUGUAUGAAAAGAAAACAUUCAAGGUGACAAUAAAGAGAGAGGGACUAGAGACUCACAGCUCUGCUUUUGGUAGGCUGAUAUGGUCUGAUGGAGUGCAUUCCGUAAGGAGUCCAGUUACGGUUUUCUGAAAGCAUGAAUUCUUGCGCUUAUAAUGAAAUCGUAAAAUGUAUUCUACUCGUUUCUUGUAGUAAAUCGAAUAUUAGUCUAUUUGAAGUGCAUUGCAAGGUAA